AUGGUCAGACAAGAUAAUAUUGCCAACUGGUCAGUUUGUCAGCCCAUUCUAGUCCUUCCAGGAACUGGCAUUUCAGGAGUGUUUGAUAAAAGAGCAUUAACUACUACAGACUCUCGUGCUCUAAACAACUCUCUUCUUCAUCUAUCAUACUUGGCAUCAGUUUCUACAGCCAAAACUGCAAAUUUAUUGGAACAGGACGGCGGUUUAGAGUUGGUUGUUAGAAUACUUGGACGACUCAAUUCUCAUGCAAAUGGAACAGGAAAGAACACACAUGGCAGUGACUUGCCUCUCAUCCGAAUCUCAUUUUCUGCUGCUCUUGCAUGCUUGAGUAGUUUGGCUGUAAGAGGCACUCAGUCACUGCGUCUAAGACUGCUCACUGCUGGUGUGAUUUCUGCAUUAUUGCCAUUGCUGCAAUCUGCUGCUGCUGCCAUGCAGCAUGAACAAACUAUUGCGAUCACUGCUCAUACAGAGACUGACACUACUGUCACUGACCAUCAAUCCAUUCAAUCACCUUUUCCACUGCAACAACUUCCAACUGGAUGGAAUGAUGUGCAAGCUGCAUUCCAUCCAAACAAUGACAAUGCUUAUAAUUUCAACAGCAACGAUAAUGCAAAUGCUUCGAUCCAUCCAUCUGCAGACACACCAUCAAUGUCCAUGGAUGUAGAUACAACUCUCUCAUCUCACACUGCACUACCCUUGAUCACCAUGACUGCUCUUGCACUAUCCCCCAUAGAACAGACAGAACCAGUUGCAGAGUCGUCAAUGCAAGGUUUGACUGAUAACGAUCCUUUUCCUACCUUGUCCCCAUUGGCUGACUCCAAUGUAACAGUCGAUCCCCUGUUGGCCAGAGAUGAACGUCGUCGUCGUUCUCGUAUCCAUCCUUCAGCUAUUACUACAGACACUCAAUCUUACACUGCACCGUCUGUCGAAACAUUGUGUUCCGACGAUCUUCUUUUGGCUAUAAAGCUAAUCGCCUAUCUUUCAAAAUACUACAAUGCUCGCCAUGCUCUGCAUACUGCUUACUCGGUCAAUAUUUACUCGCUCAUCGAACCUCUUACUAAUGUGAGUGUUCCACCCGAUCUUCGAAAAUGGGCCAUUAUUUGCAUGCGCAGUUGCUUCAAACGGAGUGGCGAUGCCAAUAGCUUUCGUCGCUGUAGUAAUCUGAAAUGCUCCAAAACAGAAUCCCAUUUACACGAAUUCUCAAAAUGCUCUCGGUGUCGUCGAGUUACUUACUGCAGCAAAUCGUGUCAGUGCAUAGCAUGGACAAUGCAUCGGUGCUGGUGCAUGCCUUCUGAAUCACAUUUUACGGCUGAAUCUACUGCAGCGCAAAUAGAGACCACAGCUUUAUAG